AUGAGGUCCUCAUUCAGCCGCUUCAGUUCCUCAGGGGCUGGUGGAGGAGGGGGCCGCUUCAGCUCAUCCAGUGGCUAUGGUGGGGGGAGCCCUGGGGCCUGUGGGAAGGGAGGAGGCAGUAGUUUGGGCUUCAGCUAUGAUGGAGGGCAUGGGGGUGGCUUUGGUGUAGGUUCCCUGGGCUCCAGCUGCAAUGCUGGAGGAGGCUUUGGGGGGCCUGGGGACUUUGGGGGGCGCUUUGGUGGUGAUGCUGGAGGCGGCGGUGGUGGCAUUCUGAUGACGGAUGAGAAGACCAUCAUGCAGAGCCUCAAUUCCCGGCUGGCUUCCUACUUGGCGAAGGUGCAGGCCCUGGAGGAGGCCAAUAUUAGCCUGGAGAGUAAGAUCCAGGAGUGGUAUGACAGGCAGGGGCCCAGGACCUUCCGCCAGGAUUACUUCUCUUACUACGACGCUAUCGAGGAUCUCAAGCAACAGAUUGUGAACUUCACAGUGGACAACAGUAAGAUUCUCUUGAAUCUUGACAAUGCUCUCAUGGCACUGGAUGACUCCAGGAUGAAGUUUGAGAUGGAGCAGAGCCAGCGACAAGCAGUGGAUGCUGACACCAAUGGCUUGCGAAGGGUGCUGGAUGAACUGACCAUGCAAAAGUCUGACCUGAAGAUACAGUAUGAAACACUGCAGGAGGAACUGAUAGCCCUCAAGAAGAAUCAUGAGGAUGAGAUGAGCCAGUUGACCCGGCAGAACUAUGGGGACAUCAGUGUGGAGAUGAAUGCUACUCCUGGCAAAGAUCUUACCAAGAUCCUUAAUGACAUGCGCCAGGAGUAUGAACAGCUCAGUGCUAAGAACCAUAAGGACAUUGAGCAGCAAUAUGAGACUCAGAUGAACCAGUUUGAGCAGGAGGUGAUGAUUAGUGGCCGGGAGAUGGAGUCCAAUAACAAAGAGGUGAUCCAGCUCAGGCACAAAGUCCAGGAGUUGGAGGUUGAGCUUCAGUCUCACAUCAGCAAGAAAUCGGCCCUGGAGAAGUCCUUGGAAGAUACCAAGAACAGCUACUGUAGCCAGCUGCAGCAGAUCCAGGGGCAGAUCAGUAGCCUAGAGACCCAGCUCAUUGAGAUCCGGGCAGAGAUUGAGUGCCAGAAUCAAGAAUACAGCCUUCUUCUUAGCAUCAAGACACGGCUGGAGCAGGAAAUUAAGACCUACCGCAACCUCCUUGAGGGUGGCCAAGAUGACCUGGAAUCUCAUGGAACUGGACAAAUUGGCUUUGGAGGAUCUCAUGGUGGAAGUAGGAGCAGUCAUGGAAGAAGAUCUAGGGGAGGAAGUGGAGGAAGCUAUGGAGGAGGAAGUGGAGGUGGUUACGGUGGAGGAAGUGGAUCCAGGGGAGGAAGUGGAGGCAGCUAUGGAGGAGGAAGUGGAGGUGGUUACGGUGGAGGAAGUGGAUCCAGGGGAGGAAGUGGAGGCAGCUAUGGAAGAGGAAGUGGAGGUGGUUAUGGUGGAGGAAGUGGAGGCAGCCAUGGAGGAGGAAGUGGAGGCAGCUAUGGUGGAGGAAGUAGUUCUGGAGGAGGAAGUGGAGGUGGUUAUGGUGGAGGGAGUGGAUCCAGGGGAGGAAGUGAAGGCAGCUAUGGUGGAGGACGUGGUUAUGGUGGAGAAAGUGGAUCCAGGGGAGGAAGUGAAGGUGGUUGUGGUGGAGGAAGUGGCUAUGGUGGGGGAAGUGGAUCCAGGGGAGGAAGUGGAGGCAGCUAUGGUGGAGGAAGUAGCUCUGGAGGAGGAAGUGGAAGCAGCCAUGGAGGAGGAAGUGGAUCUGGAGGAGGAAGUGGUGGCAACUGUAAAGAAGGGAGUGGAUCUGGAAGAGGAAGUGGAUCCAAGGGAGGAAGUGGUGUCAUCUAUGGAGGAGGAAGUGCAAGGUUAUCCCAGUCCCAGUCCUCUUCCUCAAGCUCUGGGGAGCAUGACAAUACACAAGGCUACCCAGCUUGAUAUUAGAGCCCCUGUGAACUUCCCAGGCUCUGUCCCAGCAGAGUGCCCUCCAUACAGAAGGACCUUGGAUGAAGCUUGCUCACUACAUUCUGACAUUGGGCAUAGCUGGCAAGAAGUCCUG